AUGUCCAAGAAACGCGUCAGUUUCGCCAUGUCCACCAAAACAGAAUCUGCUACAGGCUCAACAUCAGGCAUCUCUUGCGCCUCAUCGGGUGGUUUUCCAGCCUCGGUACAAAGUACAGCAAGGAGACUAUGCCAUGAUGUCUGCUGGGUUUGCGGCUCGCUGGACCCUGAGAUCGCGCACGCUUUUGGAAAGGCCGAUAAAGGCAUUUCAAAAUGGCGAGAACGCGAACUUAUGAACUUCGCUCCUAGAGGGCUAGACAACAGCAUCCCUCUUUGUCCGAAUUGCCAUAGCCAAUAUGAUCGGGUGUCAGACCCCGGUCUAACAAUAAUCCCUGUUGACAUCCCGUACUUUCUCAAUUUUGAGAAAGAAGAUCAGGUUCGCCGGUUAAAUGGAGGCUGGAAAGAGCAGCGCGAAGUACCCACUAUCGAGCAAUAUGAGGAUGGUGAGGAGGAUGAGCCAGGACUGUAUCGACGAGUCUGGCUUAAGGAGUAUAUGGUACCCCGAAUUAUCCAGUCUGGCCAGGGCGCUUGGGCCUUUUUGACCACGCCCAAGGCGUGGUAUGGGUCCUCAGUUGCGCUGUUUCGCCAGGCGUUUGCAGCAACUAGAUCAACAGACAUCUAUGCAGCUUUAGAUGAAAAGACUGUUGACGAACUUGGCGAACUGCACAAACUAUACUUUAAAGAGCCCGCAAGCUCUGUGACUAAGGAGCAAGAAGGGCAGGGCUCUGCCACUGAAGGAAAGGGAGAGGCCAAGCGGCCCGUUGACAAAGAAGAGGAGAAUGAGGGAGGGCAACAGCUGGCCCGGAAACCUAAGACUGCCGAGGAUUCGUGUUAUGGCCAGCGCAAUAUGGGCUUAGCGCCAAUGAUUUCUUUGCAUGAGAGGGUUGAGCAGUGGGUAGUGAAUGUACCUAUUGCCUGUUGA